AUGGGAGGUAAAAACAACCGAGGACGAAAGAAAAGGGAAAAUCGAAUGUCGGCUGGAUUGUGUUGGAUCAUCAGCCAUUCUUUUUUCUUCCUUUUUGCAUCUAUCUAUCUAUCUAUCUAUCUAUCUCAGAUUAUUAAUGUUGAUCUCUCAUUCUGUUCAUAUCUAUCUAUGUCAAUAUGUUCAUUAUCUAUCUAUCUAUCUAUCUAUCUAUCUAUCUAUCUAUCUAUCUAUAUAAGUAUAUAUUGUUUUCUUUUACGGCAUAUCAACCUCAAUGGGUUAUCUAAUGCCGACAAGACUUUUAUUGCUGGUAAUAUUUUCUAUCUAUCUAUCUAUCUAUCUAUCUAUCUAUCGAAAUCUGCUCAUAUCUAUCUAUCUAUCUAUCUAUCUAUCUAUCUAUCUAUCUAUCUAUCUAUCGAAAUCCUAUCUAUCUAUCUAUCUAUCUAUCUAUUGAAAUCUGCUCAUAUCUAUCUAUCUAUCUAUCUAUCUAUCUAUCUAUCUAUCUAUCUAAACCUGCUCAUAUCUAUCUAUCUAUCUAAAUCUGAUCAUAUCUAUCUAUAUUUUUCAUUUUCUUUCUUUCUUUCUCAGUUCGCCCGUUUUCUUUCUUUCUUCUUUCACUGCUUUCUUUCUUCAACAAUUUCCCGUUCUUUCUUUAUUUCUUUCUUUCUCUCUUUCUUUCUUUAUUUCUUUCUUUCUCUCUUUCUUUCUUUCUUUCUUUCUUUCUUUCUUUCAUUCUCAGUUCGCCUGUUUUCUUUUUACUUCUUUCUUUCUUUCUGGCGCAAUUUCUCAGUUCUUAAUUUAUUCUUUCUUUCUUUUUUUUUCUUUCUUUCUUUUUUUCUGUCUUUCUUUCUCAGUUCACCCAUUUUCUUAGCAUUUUUUAUUUCUUUCAUUCUCCUUUCACUUCUUUAUUUCUUCCGCGAUUUCGCGUUCACUCUUUCUUUCUUUCUUUCUUUCUUUUUCAGUUCACCCGUUUUCUUUCUUUGUUUUACUUCUUUCUUUCUUUCUUUCUUUCUUUCUUUCUUUCACAAUUUCUCAGUUCGUCCCUUCAUUCUUUCUUUCUUUCUUUUAUUUCUUUCUUCCGCGAUUCCUCUUUCUUUCUUUCUUUCUUUCUCCUUUCGCCCAUGGUAUUGCUCUUUCCACGAGAUUUCAUGUUGUCAGAUCAAAGAUUCCUUGAGCAGUCAGCAUACGAAGACGGAGACAUGA